AUGACAACGAUACAGCCGACAAUCGAGUAUGACGAGGAGCGCACGCGACCCGACGACCUGGCGCCGCCCGACGUCGACGCCAUCGUCGACAGCCGCAAGAGGUGGUACCGGAGGCUAUGGGAUGCGAGGUCCAUCGAGACUGUCACGACGUGCAUCUCCAUCUGUAUCAGCGCAGUUCAGGCGAACGGCGUCUACUGCUGGCCCACAUACGGUAUCCUAGGGGUGUACCUUUGCGCCGCGCCACUGGGGUCGCUGACGGACCACCUCGGUCCGCGGGUCGGCUCGCUGAUAUCCGCCCUUCUUUCCUCGGCAGGAUACUAUCUCUUCGCCGCCAUUCUGAAGGCGCCCUGGGCCGCCGAGUGGGACAACACGUAUCUGCUCCUGACGGCCUGCUACUUCUCCGUUGGCGCCGCCACGGUCGGCUCAUACUUUGCCGCUCUGACGACCGCCUCGCUCUCCUUCCCCGCGCACCCGACGCUGUCUCUCAGCGUCCCGCUGUCAUUUAUGGGUCUGUCCUCGCUCUUCCUCUCGAGCUUCUCCAACCUCUCCACCUUCGAGGACGACAACGGCGAGCUCAACGUCGUCAAGUACCUCACCUUCCUCGGCACGCUGUCGCUGUGCGUCAACCUGUUCAGCUCCGUGUUUAUGCGCAUCCUCCCGCCGAAGCAGGACGAGAUGGAUGACGCCCAGGGCUGGGAUAGCGACAGCGAGUACGAGGGCAACUACGGCGGCGACUCGCUCACGAUCGCGGACCUCGCGUCAUCGCUGCACCUCGAUGAGCGUGCGCCGCUCCUCAUCGGCGGCAUCGAGGCCGCGAGGAAGGACGUCGAGGCAGAGCAGCACGGGCGCGAUGUGCGCUGGACUGUCUGGAAGCUGGUGCACAACCCCGGCUUCUGGGCGUUCGGCAUGGUCAUCACCUUCUGCAUCGGUCCGAGCGAGAUGGUCAUCGCCUCCAUCGGCAACAUCCUCACCAGCCUCCUACCGCCGGACACGCUGCCAGUCGAGCUCUUCGAUGCGCUCAAGGCCGCGCCAACAGUGGUCACGUUUGCGCGCAGCGCAGCUGAGAACUCGGCUCUCGCGCUGCGCAACAAGCACGUCCUCAUUCUGUCGAUCUGUUCAACCGUCGCGCGCCUCGCAACCGGUUUCCUCGCCGACAUGCUUGCGCCUCCCGCUCCUGCGAUCGCACUCGCGACCGACCCCACAGAGGACGGCCCGGUCGCGAACAGGGCCAGGGGCUUCCACCUUCUGCGCACGUCCUUCAACGCCAUCUGCUGUGUCCUCCUCGGCCUUGUGUUCCUGUGGACCUCCGGGUUCCUGGACCGCGAGAGUCGGCUGUGGGUCCUCAGUGCCGGCGUCGGCGCCCUGUACGGCGCCAUCUUCACGCUCACCCCCGCGAUCGUGUCGGCGCACUUUGGCGCGACCUCCUUCGGCCUUACGUGGGGCAUGGUCUCGUACUUCCCCGCCCUCGGCAGUGUCCUCUUCUCGGUAAGCUCGGUCUCACAUGAUCUCAAGCUGACAGCAGUACCUGUACGCGUUCAACUCGGAGCGUGGCAGCAAGAUUGA